AUGAACUCUAACUGGUUCACAGAUCAGGAGAUUGAAGAUGUUCUACAAGACAUGGGUGAAGCUGUGCCAGCCGACUCGCUACCAGCUUUGCGGAAAGGUUCGGAAAAAACACCUAUUUUUCUUAAUUUUUCUCAGCUGUCAACGAAAUCGCUGGCGAGAGUGAAUCUAGUGAGUCAGGGGAAGAUUUGAACGAAUCAUGGUUCUCUUCUUUGUGCAUCGAUGACUUGAACCAAAUGCCUUCAAUGGCGCCGGUUUUCUCUUCAAAUUCCGAUUCUGAUGCUUCUGUCUGCCCCUCUCCGAUCGCAGUUAGAGUUAGAGGUGUGUCAUAUUUGGACACAGAAAUAUAUAGUUCCAUUUUUCAGACCGAAACGGUUAUCACACCAAUCACAUCUCAGACAACGACGAUUCAAAUUCCCUACUAAAUGUUAGAAAUGUGUAAUUUUAUGAAAUUAAUGAAUUUUUUGAAGUAUCCUGAAGUUGAGCAACUCAUCAACGAUGCUUAUCGGUCUAUUGGAAACGUUUACAAUUCUUGCACCUUGAUGGAUGAAUUUUUGACGGUAAUUUCUUUGGAUUUUCGAGUUUAUUCAUCAAAUUUCAGGCUUUGAAAGCGGCGGACAUGGAAGAAGGUGGAAAGGAACGAGUGGAAAACGAAGAAAUUGACCUCGAUUUGGAGAAUCAAGGUUUUUAUGAUUUUCAUAAUGGAAAGUUUUUCAGAAAUAGAACUUCCUAAAGACCUUAUUCUGUGGCUUUUUUUGAUGGCAAUUUAUUAUUUUUUUAGAAAUCAAACUGUUUCGAAAAAGAAAAAAAUUCUGAAUAAAGUUUAGCGAUUUGAUAAAAAAACAAACCUAGUAAUUUUUUUGAAGUAGCUAGAAAAAGUUAGAAAGGAUUUUAUAUCAAUUUAUCGCGUAUCUGAAAAGGCUGAAAUAAAAAGUACUAAAAAAAUUAACAUAAACAGGUGCCGAAAAAAAUCUUUUUGAGCAACCUUUUUGCUCUUUUUUCCACGAUUAUUUCUUCGAAAAGUUGUCAAUUCUUUAAAAAAAUUUGUAACGAGAGAUCAAUAAAUGAAUAUGAAGAAGUUUUUAAAAAAAUUAAUUUUUUUCCAGAAAACAUAGCCGAAGGUGCGGAAAAAAACCUCAAAAAGCAGUCCGUCAGAUUUAUCGAUCCAAGUGAGCUCAAAUUUUUGUUUUUUUUCAUAAGAAAUAAUUUCCAGGCGUCCGUCCAGUUCUGUUUCAAAAAAACCAGGCCGGGCUCCUUUCAAAUACGAUCCCGUGACUCGAUAUCAUCUCUACAAGUAAACCAUUGAAAAAAAUUUCUUUAAAAAUCAAAUUUUUCAAGGGAAGAAUGGGAACGGCAUCCGGCGCCGGGGGAAAAUCGUCGUCUCUCUUUAAGAUGGAAAAUUCGAGAGUUCAUGUUGAGAGCCGAUUUGCCGAGGUGCAUUUACUUGCUUUUUCAGAGAAUCAUUUUUGAAAUUUAGGUUAAACAAGGACAAGUUAAAGGAAGCCGCAGAACAUCCCAAAGAUUGGUCGCCACGUCCUUAUCUAGACUAA